AUGCGUGAAUAUAAAAUAGUAGUGUUGGGAAGCGGAGGUGUCGGCAAAUCAGCCCUCACUGUUCAGUUUGUUCAGGGAAUAUUCGUUGAGAAGUAUGACCCGACCAUUGAAGACAGUUAUCGCAAACAAGUCGAAGUUGAUGGUCAGCAAUGUAUGCUGGAAAUCCUCGACACAGCUGGCACGGAACAAUUCACAGCCAUGCGAGAUCUUUAUAUGAAAAAUGGACAAGGAUUUGUUUUAGUUUAUUCAAUAACCGCACAAUCGACGUUUAAUGAUCUUCAAGAUCUUCGGGAACAAAUAUUACGGGUAAAAGAUACAGAUGACGUGCCAAUGGUACUGGUUGGUAACAAGUGCGACUUGGAAGACGAAAGGGUAGUGGGUAAAGACCAAGGUGUUAAUCUUUCACGGCAAUUCAGCUGCGCCUUCAUGGAGACCUCUGCCAAAGCUAAAAUUAAUGUUUAUGACAUCUUUUAUGACCUUGUGCGACAAAUAAACAAAAAAUCACCGGAGAAAAAGAUAAAACAAAAAAAGAAAUCGCUGUGCCUACUUCUGUAA